GAAGUUGCUAUGGAAAAUAUCAAUUUUUUGGAUGAAGAAGCAUACCAGUGGCUGUCAAACAUUGACCCCCAGCACUGGUCAAGGCAUGCUUUCUCUACAAACUGCAAGUCUAACAUGUUGUUAAACAACAUGUGUGAGACAUUUAAUGCAGUGAUUAGAGAUGCCAGAGACAAGCCUAUUCUAACUCAAAUGGAAUGGCUUAGAAGAUAUAUGAUGAAGAGGAGUAAUGACAAAUGGGAGGCAGCAAAGUCUUGGGAAGGUUUACUAACCCCAUUUGUCAACAAAGUCUUUGAUGGGUUGGAGAAGUAUGACAUGACAUGUGAGGUUACAGCUUCAAGGAAUGAAAUUUAUGAGGUGAAAUACAAGGAUGAUCAGUGCAUUGUGGAUCUACAAGAGAGAAAAUGCACUUGUUAUAGAUGGGAGUUGACAGGAAUACCUUGUGUCCAUGCAUUUGCUUGCAUAAUGGACAAAAGGGAUGAUCCUGAGUUGUAUGUGCACCCACAUUACUAUAGGGUGACAUACUUGGCUGCAUAUGAGAACCCAAUACAGCCAAUGCCUGGCCCUAAGAAUUGGGAAAAGGUCAAGCUCAGACAGCCUUUGCCACCUAUGCUGAAAGUGCAGCCAGGAAGACCUAAGGCAAAAAAGAGAAAGCUUGAACCAGGGGAGGGCACUUCUGCAGCACCUGAGGGCAAGAAGCCAAAGGUGAAGAAACAAUGCAAGAACUGUGGUGGGUUUGGCCACUUUGCCAAAACAUGCCAGGCUGAAGCAGCACCAGAACAGCCUAACCCACCUGCAACAAAUCCAAAGGGUGGGAGGCCACAGAUGCAGACUCCUUGGCUUAAAGAACAGAGAAAGAAAAGUGAAGAGAAAGCAGCAAGACAGGCUGCACUGAAGUUGCCACAAUAUCAGCCUCCAACAACAGCACAGGCUGGGUCAAGUAAUGCUGCACCUGCAACUGCUGUGUCAAGCCAGCCUGCAACAAGAACAGAGCCUUUGCCAACUCAGCCUGUUACCAGGAGCAACAGGAGCCUGAGUCAGCCCACAAGAGUGCCAACAACUACUCCUCCCAAAGUCAAAAUACAGACCAGGUCCAAGCUUCAUGUAAUGACAAGCAAGAAGGACAAGGAUCUCAAUCAACUGUGACCCUAGGUCUACUCAUUAGUAUUUUGUAAUAGACAGCCAAGUUUAUUUGGUAGUUGAACAAUGAUAGUUGAACAAUGAUUUUGCACAAAGGUGCCUUAACUUUUGUCUCAGCCAAUGUAAAACAAU